UUAAAACAAAUGAUAUUUGUUGGUAACUUUUUGAUUACGACUCGAAAAUUGUUCAUUUUGUAUUAUGUUUAAGACGAUAUAACCCACAUGGCAUAAAAAAAUAAUUCCUUAAAUUUUAAGAAGAUUUUCACGAAUGUCGUCAAUAUUAAGAUACAGUAGGACUUCUGUAAUAUUAAAUUCAAAAUGAGUUGUCGUAGCAUCAGUGUAAGCCAGGGAACAUGGAACGAUUUGGAGGAAAUGAAAUAUUUGCUUUGCGCUAUCGAGUGUUGCAAGUGUCCUAGUGUACCACCUCCACCCACGUGUUCCGCUGUAUUACCACCGAGAAUCGAGGAGUUGUGUCCCGUUAUUCCUCCUCAGAGACCCUGCUGUCCGCCUCCUCGUUGUCCACCAACCCCCUGUUGUCCACAACCACGACCUUGCCCUAUAUCAGCUUCUUGUUGCGCGCCAUCACCACCCUCUUGUUCGCCAUCACCUCCUUGUUGCCGGAUACCUAUAGUUCCCAGUCCUGCUUGUUUUCCACCACCAAUGUGUGCUCCACUGCCAUCGAGACCUUGCGUUUCACCUUCUCCACUGCCGUGCUAUCCAAUUUCGUACUGUUGACGGCGACGAGGUCUCACGUGUUACCACGCGAAUGAAAACGACAAAGUAUCGAAUUGAAAAUUGAAUUGAACACGAGUAAGCUGUGGAACGUAUUCGAAGGUAAUACAAUUGUUUGGUAGGUAACAUUGAUAUCGAUCGAAGAUUGGUCGACAUUUGCUUUUGUUUUUAAACAUAUAUCGUUAAAUUUUCGCUUUUUUAGCGUACAUGAAGAUAAGUGGAGGAUUUUAAUUUAGCAGGUGUCAGUGGGAACAGUUUUGGAAAAUUUAUUUGAUAUUUUGUCUAUCAAUUUCGAGCAACGUUCGAGGUUAAAAAAAAAGUGUAAAAAUUUGUAGAAGAAUCGUUUCGAAUUUGUAUGAUAUAUAAUAUUUAUUUUAAACUUCGAUGUACAUUGAGAAUCUUCGCAUAACGUGAUAUGAACAUAACAAAUAAAAUAAUGCAAGUGUCGCACGAAACGCUUAAUGGGUAUAGAUUCUUUGAAAUUUUUAAAAAUCAUCUGUAUUUUAAUCCGUAUGUAUUAAUCGAUGUAUUCAUCUAUAGCUCGCUCAUUAACGUAAUUUAAAAUUCGAUCACGUCGAAUCGCUUUCUGUUUAAUUUUUCGAAUUUGAUUCUUGCCCAAGUUACGCGUUUUACAACGUUAAAAGUAACAUUGAAACAGCCUGUAAACAAUAUAAAGAGGCUACAGAUUAAAAUAAAAUACAACAAACAUUGACAGAGAUUUUCAGACAAUUUUGGAAUGAAACGAAGAUACGAACAAAUGUCAAAUAUUUAAACACGAGAAAAGAAAGCUUACUUUAAACCUUAUUUUAAAUGGGCGACAAGAUUAUCGUACGCGACGACUUUAUUCGUAUGUCCAUAUCGGGUCCCAUGAGUCGAAGCUUAAAAUACAAUCACGCUUAUCUCGAAUCGAUUUACAGGAUAGGAAAUCUUUUAAUCGUUGAAAUCGAAGCUUAGCUUGUAACGAAUCCUGGAAAUUGAAUACCACAGCGAUAACAACGUUCGAACAUCCUAUUUAUUUCACAGCGGAAGCUUAAAAGUUAGCGAAAGAAAGAAAGAAAAAAAAAAAAAGAAAAAACGCAAUUACGA